AGGAUGUAUUGAACAGACGACCAAAGCUGCUGGCAACAACACUCCCCACGAGGCAACCUUUUAACCUAUCGUGCAAUCCACCUUGCCAGUCACCUUGCCAGAUAAUGUGCUGAAUGGCAUCCAUUGUUCCGGGCGAUGGUGGUGGCGAUGUCGAUGUUGAUGAUAAACGAACAUUUUCGGGUUCACAUCCAGACAUGUUCUAUCGACUACUAUAUAAACUGCAGCAAAACUGACAAAACUUCAGUUGCACGUUUCGUUUUCCCUAACUGUUUCUUAGUUGUCUAAAUUGCGUCCGUUUAUAUAUCCUGCAUUACCAUGGACCCUGCUGAGGAAAAGCGUCGAGCGAUAUGCAUUGUCAUUACGAUUGCUUUUUUUGGUAGUCUGCUAGCACUUGUUCUGAUUUUAUCGGGCAUUACUCUUGGAACCGUCACCACUUUUCUACCCUAUCAGCCAUCAGCCGCCGCCAGUAUCGACGAAGCCAACACCACCCUGGACUUUACUUUCAAUAACGACACAAUGCCAACAUUCAAGUUCAUGAUCAAAGGGCUAUGGCACAUCUUGGAUUUCAUAUGUCCGUUUCUUCCGGCGAAUAGUACUACCAUAUGUGACGGAAAGGGACUCGGGCUGAACGUUACCAUGAGCGCUAUCGGAGGCGGUCUCAUCUUGGAGAGACCUCCUGCCCAGAUGCCGUAACGUAGCUGUAAGAUUUUGGACCAG